AUGGAGAACGGCUCGGUCAGCCCGGGAACCGCGCUGGGAGGAGGCGUCGGAGGCAACCAGACCCUGGGCAGGAUGCCCCGGCAGCCCCUGGAGCUGCAGGUGGUCACCAUCCUGCUGGUGCUGCUCAUCUGCGGGGUGGGCAUCGCUGGCAACGUGAUGGUGGUGCUGGUGGUGCUGCGCACCAAGCACAUGGUAACCCCCACCAACUGCUACCUGGUGAGCCUGGCGGUGGCCGACCUCAUCGUCCUGCUGGCGGCCGGGCUGCCCAACAUCUCGGAAGUGGUGGCUUCUUGGGUCUACGGCUACGCCGGCUGCCUCUGCAUCACCUACUUGCAGUACUUGGGCAUCAACAUCUCCGCCUGGUCCAUCACCGCCUUCACAGUGGAGCGUUACAUCGCGAUCUGCCACGCCAUCAAAGCCCAGCUCCUCUGCACCGUGUCCCGCGCCAAGCGCAUCAUCUCCUCGCUCUGGCUCUUCACCUCCCUCUAUUGCCUCAUGUGGUUCUUCCUGGUGGACACGACCCAGGUCACCUUCUUGGAUGGGGCACAGGUCAGCUGUGGCUACCGGGUCUCCAGAAGCUUUUACAUGCCCAUUUACUUCUUGGAUUUCGCUGUCUUCUACGUCAUCCCAUUGGGGCUGGCAACUGUCCUCUACGGCCUCAUUGCCCGCAUCCUCUUCAUGAGCCCCCUGCCCGCCACCCCACAGCAUUCCUGCCUGGGCUCCACACACCAGGGUGGCUCCCUCAAGCUCUCCUGCAGGAGCAACAAGGGGGCCCUGAGCUCCCGCAAGCAGGUGACCAAAAUGCUAGCUGUCGUGGUGGUCCUCUUCGCCCUUCUGUGGAUGCCUUAUCGCACGCUGGUGGUGGUGAACUCCUUCAUGGACCCUCCGUACCUGAACAUCUGGUUCCUCCUCUUCUGCCGCAUGUGCAUCUACCUGAACAGCGCCAUCAACCCCAUCAUCUACAACCUCAUGUCACAGAAAUUCAGGGCUGCCUUUAGGAAGUUAUGCAAGUGCCAAGAGAAGAGCGCUGAGAACCCCGCGCCGUACACGGCCCCGGUGUACUACAGCGCGGUGAAGGACUCUUCUCACCACAGCUUCGACCACAACGUCACCGAACAGGAAGAUCUGAACAGCCUCCCUGCGCCUGCAAAGAAGAACAAGGCUGCCAAAUAAAUCCUGGGACCCUGAAACAGCGCAGGCAGUGGGAGCUACACGGCUGCCUGCGCUGUGUUGGGAAAGUGCCAACAGAAAUUGCUCUGGCAUUGCAGCAAGCUUCAUUUAAUACCUCUCCAGGGCAUUGAACAAAACAGAUUCUUAGAGGCAAAUUAAUUUGCUUUUCCUUAAUGCUAAUUUAUUCUUGUUUGGUGAAGUGUUAGGUACAGGUUAAUGUUUAGCAUCUUUAAAGACUCUGUUGUUAAAUAUAGCAGUGCAACGCUAUUCUGUGUUAUGUGCAAGUGCAACUGUUUGUUGAGUUGGGCCAGAACAUUGAAAGGAAAUCCGGGAAGAAAAAGGUAUUCAAGGAAAAAAACCCACAACCUUCGUUCUGCUGGGCCAAUUUUCUUAUCUGCUGAGAUUCACCUGCCUGAAUCUACAUGCCUAUACCACAGACACCCAAUGUGAGCUGCUCCUCUAGAGUCCUUUUAGGGUUAAUGGGGAAAAUUAGGCACUACAAGAAAGUGGCUCCUCUCAUCUCAGCAUAGUCCUCCGAGGAAGACACGUACCUCAGAAGAAGAUGAAUGCCUCCUGAGAUGUGACUUUCUUUCCAUUGACUGUAAAGGGACUCUCUCCAGUGGAGACUCCUAUGGUAGGAAUGACUGAAGUUGGGUGUCAUGAACCUCCCCUAGCACUUCUGGGAACAUUGCUGUGCUGGUAGUACUUAUACCCAAGGACCAGACCAGUUGGAUUUGUUAAAGAAGAAUGAACAAACUAAUAAUCAGUGUUCCCUAAGGUCAUAGUAAUACUUCCAACAUUGUGGUCUAAGCUUCUUUGGGAUAAUUUUACCUUUUCUGUCCAAAUUCUUCUACUUCCUUCAGCUGGUUAUCAUAGCCUUGUCCUGUAAGCCCCGAUGUGGUGUAGCUAUGUCCCAUCCAGCAGCGCUGCUCUCCGUCCCAGCUACAGUUGCAUUUCAAUGGCAGGUGAAGCAAUUAUCUUCUUUCCUGAAAAUAAUUUGAGAAAGUCCAUCAAGUGUUUUGUGAUAAGUGACUCACUGACUGUAAGACAUUAACAAUACUCAUUGCUGCUGUCAUCUUGUGAGCAAACUGGAUAUUCAUAACCUGCGUCGUCCAAGAAACCAGCCCAAGGACACUUGCCCCAGACUUGCAAGAGACUCUCUGGACUAGGAGUAAAAGGAAAAAGAUUACACAUGAGCCAAAUGCUCAGGCUCUUGCCAAAUAAAACAAGUGUCAAGUACCAGUAACCCUCAAGUGACUGUAAAAAAUUCUUCAAACAGCCAAUUCAGCCUCAGUAGUUAACACUGGUUUUCACCAAAGUACGGUGUUAAAAGAUCUUAGAAUUUUGCAUCCACUUUGGAAAAUAUCUGCGUGAUAUUUUUAAGAGCACAAGACAUUAAGUAACCAUCCUGCAUCUGUGGGAAAUCACUUCCCUGAGUGAGUCAGAACAAGACCUCACCUCCCACCGGUGUGUCAGGAACUGCCCGGGACCCAGUUCAUUUUGGUGUAGGGUGGCUUUCCGUGUACGAAUACUGUAGUGUGAUUUAUUGAAAUAUCUACUUUGCCCCCAAAAUAACUGUAGGAUGAGAGAAGAGAACCUUGUUUUUUGCAAUUAUUUGAAAUGGUGUGUAUUUGGAAUUUAGGGAUUAAUGUCAUUUUUGUGCUCUUUGUGUAUAUUGGGAAUUUAGGAACAAAGUUCCUCUUUAUUGUUGCUACAGUAGUUCUGUACAGAGAUUUGGGAUUUGCUUCUUGGAGAAAAUGAAAGCGGUUUUGCUAUAAU